AUGUCGGUCUCCAUGGUGACACAGCCGUGGUCUGAUUGGUCGUCUGCUCCGAUAACCCCGCCCUCCCGGAAUAGCACGGCAGUGGAGCGGGACUCAAUGUUGGCGACAGCUGAGGUGGUGGUGCUGUCAGCCAUCUUGGUGCUGGCCCUGCUGGGUAACAGCCUGGUUCUGCUGGUGUUACUGCGGCAAAGGCACAACCACAGCCCUCUGCGCCAGUUCAUGCUCAAUCUGUGCCUCGCCGACCUGGUGGUGGCACUGUUCCAGGUGUUGCCGCAACUGGUGUGGGACGCGCGGGGGCGGUUCCCGGGGCCUGACGCCCUCUGCAGGCUGGUCAAGUACCUGCAAGUGCUGGGAAUGUUCGCCUCCUCUUACAUGAUCGUAGCCAUGACGAUGGAUCGACAUUAUGCCAUCUGCCGCCCCCUACAGGCUCAUCGCAGCGGGGCCACACAGCGAUGGAACAACUUCAUCCUGGUGGCCUGGGCGCUGGCUCUGCUGCUGAGUCUGCCACAGGUGUUCAUCUUCUCACGCUCAGAGGUGGCCCCGGGGGAGUAUGAGUGCUGGGGACACUUUGCCGAGUCCUGGGGUCUAAAAGCCUACGUCACGUGGAUGACUCUUGCUGUAUUCAUCCUGCCAGUGCUCAUCAUCACAGUGUGUCAGAUCGGAAUAUUCAGAGAGAUUCACAACAGCAGUCUAUACAUGAAGUCAGGGCGCCUCCCACAGUCUGCGUGUGUAACUGCAGCAAGGCGGGAAAGCCAACAGAGAAAAGAGGUGGUGGAGGCCAGAGGAAGGAGCUGCCAGAGCCUCUGUAGCCCAUUUGCAGUGAUUCAACCCAGGGAUCCACGCAGCCUCAGCUUCAGCACACCCUGCUUAACAACACGACAUGGGCCUCCCACAGACCUCAACCUGCCACAGCAUAAAGGCCCUUCCCGCUCUGGGGAAGUGACUGCUGCCAUGUCUAAAACUGUGCGCAUGACUCUGGUGAUUGUGGUGGUCUACUCACUCUGCUGGGCACCCUUCUUCAUCGUACAACUGUGGGCCGCAUGGGACCCCAACCCUCCACAGAAUGGCGCAGUCUUCACUCUGCUCAUGCUCUUGGCCAGUCUGAACUCGUGCACAAACCCAUGGAUCUACUCCGCCUUCUCCACCAGUGUGUCCUCCCAGCUGCAGCUGCUGCUGCGGUGUCACUCCAACCAGAGAAGAGGGUCAAUCAAUGAUUCUACUGCCACGCAUACAUCCAACUAUUGA